UGUUCGUUUUGCCCCCACCAAUUUUUUUAGAUUCUAUUAAUUUACAGUUUUUUCUUCAUUCUUUUUGGUUUUUUAGUUUCAAUACUUGAAAACAUCGACGUUUGAGCUUCCCAGUCUUAGAACAGAAAAAACCUAAACCUAAAAAAGAACAAAACGACAAAAUAAAAAUAAAGAUACAAAUCUUUGGGAGCUUUUUUUUUUCCUUUGUGCAUGGCGUUACAAAUCGAGUCCAUAGCUACGAGUGAUUCAAUUCGUUUUAUUCUUCAGCUACAAGGAAUAAAGAUCUUAUGAUACAUUUGAUCUGCCAUUGAAGAAAACGUUUCGAGUCAUCUUACUAGGCAGGACAGAUGGAUGAAAAUAAUGAGGCAAAGUUAACCGGAAUCAGGCAAGUCGUAAGGCUUAAGGAGAUUUUGCAGAAAUGGCAAACCGUAACUAUAGGGUCCAAGUCAGAUGUUCCACCAUUGGCAGCUGGAAAGCAAGCGGCGGCAAUGAUUUCACCGGCGAUCAACAAGAGGCUAUUAGCUGUCAAGAACUGUGACUCGGAUGAGGAAAAUUGCCAAAGCCCUGAGCCUCCGGUUGAUGUUCCCAGAGGGUAUCUUGCGGUUUAUGUUGGACCCGAGCUAAGGAGGUUUAUCAUACCAACAAGCUAUCUCGGCCACUCUUUGUUCAAGGUGUUGCUCGAAAAGGCAGAGGAAGAGUUUGGGUUUGAUCAGAGUGGCGCCCUCACCAUACCUUGCGAGGUCGAGACUUUCAAGUUCUUGGUUAAAUGCAUGGAGAACAAUUCUAAAGAUCAUCACCCGGACGAUGGUUCUGCUGGAGAUGCAGUAGCAGCAAUGGAAGAGUGUACACAAAUCAAGUGAUAAAAACUGUUCAAAACAUUUCUUUUGUUUUUAUGAUUAUUCUUAUCCUUUGUUUAAUUUGUUUACCAUAUAUUGAUGGAAAUUGUAGGAAUGAUUAACUACUCUGGGGUGUAAUUGUACAUCCCUGGUUUUUAUUUCCUUCUCCAUUCUUUUUCAAGAGACGAUUUAA